CUCCCGGCACCCCGCGCGCGGCCCCGCCGCGCCGUGCGUGCCCUGCGUCCCGCCGCGCCGUGCGUUCGUGCCGGGGAGCAGGCGGCGGCGGGGCCGGGCCGGGCCGGGCCGGGCCGGCGCCAUCAUCGUCAUCAUGCUGGAGGAGGCGGGCGAGGUGCUGGAGUCGGUGCUGAAGGCCUCGUGCCUGCCGCUGAGCUUCCUGCUCUUCGUGCCCGCCGUGCUCCUGCUGCUGGGCCCGCCGCCCGCCGCCGAGGCCGCCCACGAGUUCACGGUGUACCGCAUGCAGCAGUACGAGCUGGGCGGGCAGCCCUACGGCACCAGGAGCGCAGUGCUAAACACGGAAGCCCGCACUGUAGAAGCGGACGUUCUCAGCCGCCGCUGCGUCAUGAUGCGACUGGUGGAUUUCUCCUACGAGCAGUACCAGAAGGCUCUCCGCCAGUCAGCUGGUGCUGUGGUGAUCAUCUUGCCCCAAUCCAUUUCUUCUGUCCCACAGGAUGUUGUAAGGCAAUUCAUGGAGAUAGAGCCGGAAAUGCUUGCUAUGGAAACUGUUGUGCCAGUCUACUUUGCAGUGGAAGAUGAAGAGCUGCUGUCUAUCUAUGAACAAACACGGGCUGCUUCUGCAUCACAGGGUUCUGCAUCGGCCGCAGAAGUUCUGUUGCACACGGCAACUGCCAAUGGCUUCCAGAUGGUGACCAGCGGGGCUCAGAGCAAAGCUAUCAAUGACUGGCUCAUACCCAGUGUGGAGGGAAGGCUAACGGGACUGGGUGGAGAAGACCUGCCCACUGUUGUGAUAGUUGCCCAUUAUGAUUCUUUUGGAGUUGCCCCCUGGCUGUCACAUGGCGCUGACUCCAAUGGCAGUGGUAUCUCUGUGCUACUGGAACUAGCCAGGCUGUUUUCCCGGCUCUACACCUACAGACGUACCCAUGCUGGGUAUAACUUGCUGUUCUUUGCAUCUGGAGGUGGCAAGUUUAAUUAUCAAGGAACCAAGCGAUGGCUGGAAGACAACUUGGAUCACACUGAUUCCAGCUUGCUACAGGACAACGUAGCAUUUGUUCUCUGCCUUGACACUCUGGGCCGAGGGAACAGCCUUCAUCUCCACGUCUCAAAGCCUCCCAAAGAGGGGACCUUGCAGCAUGCAUUUCUGAGAGAAUUAGAGAUGGUUGUUGCCAGCCAGUUCCCAGAGGUGAAGUUUUCCAUGGUGCACAAGAAGAUAAACUUGGCCGAGGACAUGCUGGCAUGGGAGCACGAGCGUUUUGCCAUCCGACGCUUGCCAGCAUUCACCAUCUCCCAUCUGGAGAGCCACCGGGACAGCCUGCGCAACAGCAUCAUGGAUGGGAGGGCACGCGUAGACACUAAGGCACUAACCAGGAAUACUAGGAUCAUUGCUGAGGCUUUGACAAGGGUCAUCUACAACCUAACAGAAAAGGGAGCACCUGCAGAUCUACAGAUCUUCACGGAGCAAAUGCAGAUCCAGGAGGAGCAACUAGAGUCAGUGAUGGACUGGCUGAGCAGUCAGCCAAGGGCUGCCCAGCUGAUUGAUAAAGACAGCACCUUCCUCAACACUCUAGAAUAUUAUAUGGGCCGUUACCUGAAGGAUGUGAAACAACAUCAUGUAAAGGCAGACAAAAGGGACCCUGAGUUUGUGUUCUAUGACCAGCUGAAGCAGGUGAUGAAUGCAUACAGGGUCAAGCCAGCAAUAUUUGACCUGCUUCUGGCUGUCUGUAUUGCAGCCUACCUUGGAGUUGCCUAUGUUGCAGUCCAGCACUUUGGUCUCCUUUACAAGACAGUACAGAGAUUAUCCCUUAAAACCAAGCAGCAGUGAAGUAACAAGUCAGCACCCGUUCAGCAGCACUGAGCCAUCGGUGAGCCCAUCAGGAACCUUCUGCCUUCCAUUGAGUCCUGCUGUUUCUCUUCCUCUCUCUCCUCUUUGCUACCCUGGAGAGGGUAGGAAGGCAGAAAGAAAGUGAAGUUUCUACUCUUGUGCACCUUUUAGGUGCUUUUCUCCCCUUUCUUCCCCUGAAUUACACCAUGUCUGUUUUCCUUUGCUUUGUGGCGAGGGAGAGGCUCAGAGACUUCAGUAAUUCCUGCAGGUUGUUUAAACACUGAACAGCUGAUUCUGAGCAGUUUCUAUGAGUGUAAAACCAGGCCCAGCACCUUCAUGGGCACGUGUGCCAUACAGCCAAUUUGGAGGCUGAAACUACAGAGCAGAGUGAUUGUAUUGUCUGCCCAGCAUACAAGGACUCAGAGCACUUGUUAAAAAAAAAAAAAAAAAAGAAAGAAAAAAAAAGAAAAAAAAAGUGCACAUGCAAAUUAAAGAGAGAGCUAGCGUGUUUUCUUACUGCACAUCUUAAGUUCUCUGCCUAGCUUCAGGAAGGUGUACUGAGCAAACAGUGUCUCCAGCAAGCAUCUUGUGUUUUGUUUAGACUGUGCAAUAACUCAUUCCCUUUUAGGAGGUGCACUGUAAGCAAUCUUGACUGUUAUUCAGAUUGGGGAGUGAAGAAAGAUCGCUAAAACGGGUUCCUACAGUAGAAUUCUUACCAGGACAUGUUGUCCUGCCUCUAUUGGAGGCUGCAUUUUGCUGUGUACUUGAUUUCUCUUAAAGUUCAUCAUCCUUGAACACUUUGCUGCUGCCACCGCUCUGUGCUUAACUCCUACUUGGUUUUUAGUGGGGAGUUCUACGGUCCCAGUGGCUGCAGGAUCGUUUUCUGUGCUGUUCUAUGUAUUUAAACAAGCUAGUUAUAUUAAUAGCAAGAGCACCCCAGCUCUUGCUGAGCUCUGGUCAGUAAUUACUUCAAUCUUCAUUCCUCAGUUUUCACUUCUGUCUGGGCUGUGGGUUUGGGGGUGUUUUGUCGUUCACCUGCAUCUCAGGGUCUCAUUUCACAUUUUUCAACUCUGUUAUUUCUGAAAACCCUAUUCCUGGCCUGAGUGUAAGAGCAAGUUCCCAAAGUGCUUGUUGCUGUCUCCUUUCACAUUCUGCCCCCAGUAUGUAUGGAAGAAGGCAGGUCAUUUAGCCAUUAAAAAAACAAAAUGAAGCUUUAUGAAUGUCAUUUUAAACGUGGUUGUUUCUAGAACUGUAAGAGCAUGUACUGUAUCUUAGAACUUGCCCUCUCUGUUACUUUUAUCCUUGAGCAAGGCCUUAUUUUUAGUUUGCUGAUGUUUUUGGGUGGAGACAGCUGUCUAGUUGGCUAGAAUAGUUGCCAGUGCUUGUGCAAAGCUCUGGAGGGCCAGGUAACCAGUUCCAAAGCAUUGUCUUCUGCCUAAGUUUAAGCCUUUCCUGAAUUCCAGCAUCCAAGGUAAGCAGAAUGGUACCUGUCAUCACUUUCUGAUGAGAGCAGGAGGCUCUUUCUGGGCAGUGCUGCACUUUGGUUACCUCCCAAGUUCUCAUGGAAAAUAUAUCAAGAUUUUGACUAGAAGUCCUAGGCUAGUCAUAGCUCUAGAAGAUGGUCCUGAUUGAAUAGCUGCUGUCCUGCCACUCAGCAAUGUUUCUUUGAGUCCUUUCUAUAGAUUCUGUUCUGUGCAUGUGUGGUCUCUUCACAAGCCAUGGUGACUACCUUUAUUUAAAAGCAACAUUUUUAUUUGAAAUAGCAUCUUCUACAGAGGCUGAAAAGUGCUUGUGAGCUUGAUAAAUGGUGCCACCUUUUUUUUGUAUGCAGGGAAAAUUCAAGCUGGGCAUCCUUGUCUGCACCACAACUGUGAUUGUGCACCCUUGUUAGAAAAGGGGUUGUUGUGGCCAGUCACUGUCCUUGUCCUUUGGAUGGGGACCAAAGCACUUAUUUCAUUUCCAUCCAUCUUUGUUUCUUUCACUGUAAUCUCCUUCUUGGAAUACCCUUACCCCACACUGUAUGCUUCCCCGCUAUUCUAAAUAUGUAAUGACUUGUUCUUCAAAGGGUCUUUUCUUUUCCAGGAGAGCAUGCGGAUGUCUCUGGCUCCCUGUAAUAUCAGCAGGUGGCAUGGUACCAAGCACUCCUGAAAUAUCAGUCCUACAGGGAAACUUACCUUUUGCUGGUCUUUUGAGUGCUUGCUUGAAAUAUGUCUCUCUGCAUGCAUGAACUGUUUGUGACACUCUUCUGACAAAUGAAUUUAUGACUUCAGAAACUGGUUUCUUGUUCUGGAGUAGGUGGAAGAUGAGCCUUGAUCAUUUGUCACUGAUUUUUACGCUCUGCUCUUAGAGACUGGAUGUAUUGUGCUCUGGGAGGGUGCGUGCUCUGCACUGUGUAGGUACAGAACAAGCACAGUGCAGUGAUUACCCGAAGAACUUUGUGGGUUCUGAGUAUCUGGAAACAAAAGUUUCAGAGCCCUCCAGCUGCAUCAUACAUUCCUAGUGUGGUACACUUGGAGGUGGGGUGUUCCCCCAUUCCAUCAGGUUACCUAACUCCAUUACUUCACUGAGAACAAAUAGAGAAGCUAAAGUUAUUAGCAGUCCUGCUUGAGCUUGGCCUGAUGUACAUAAAAUUUACAAGCACUGGGCAGGAAAGAAUAGGCCCAGAGCAUUCUUACUUGUAGUGGAGACUGUCAACCUUGGUUCUUCCCCAUGAGAAGCUGAAACCUCAGAGUCACAAACUUCUACCAAGGCAAGCCAGUGUGGUUCCAGCUCUGUCCCUGUCAAGGCUGUAGCAUUAAAGCAAACACUUAGCUCCUUGUGGUCUCAACAAUAAACUGCCAAUGCUCCUGAUGCAGUGCCAGAAGCCAGUGUCAGCUAUCUAAAAGAAAAGAGUAGAGGUAAAUGAAAGUUCACAAACUCCAAGGGCAGUGGGGACAGGGCCUUGCUCUCUCCUGCACUAGGCUAAUUUGUCCCAUAAGCUAGUUGAAUGCACCUUGUGUAUCUCUAGCUGGCUGCCACAGAAAGAAGUUCUUAUUACAGAUAAGGGUUUAUGCUUCUGAUCAAAGUGUGUGCACUGAAGUGCACUGUAUGCUCAAAUCUGAGAUAGUCAAAUUCCAGCUCUCAUAUCUGGGAAAGAGGGAGUGGAGACUUACACUAUCACACUAGUGCCCAUUUUGGGAGUGAACCUAGUUCCCACAUUGCUAUGUUUCUUUUAGGAAGUUGACACAGAAGCUUAUCACUAGUCCCUACUCUUCUGCUAUGUUUUGUAAUAACAAGAAAAAUGGUGCUGAUCCAUUCUGCAGCAUAUCUGAUUAAUCCUCUCACCAGUGUGACAGAGGCAGAAACCCAACAGCUGUUCUGAUGAAAUAAAAUUUCUCCACAACAUUGCAAAAGAGCUCUGUGUAGCUGAUUCUUGUGCCCCUAUCUUUCCUUUUCCUUUUUGUCAGGGGUUUGCAUGGCCUGGAAGGAGGAGGCAUGAAAGCACAUACCCACGUGUUCCUAAGUGGCUAGCAGGUGACGCUUCUAGCCAUAAAGGAAUACUUUUUUGCAAUCUGUCUGAUUUUAUCUGUUGUUCUGUUGCUGCCAAAGUCUGCAGUUUGCAGAAAGCUGCAUUUCUAACAGGCUUUAAGAAUUUAAACUGUUUUAUUCCUUCUACCUGCUCUCACCCUGCAGGCAGGGUAACGGGGAUUAUAUGCAAGAAGUUUGGGCUAUUGCAGCUUACCUCCCAACUAAGAGAGGUUCAUCCUUAUGAAGUAGGUACUGCUGUGUGAUAUGAGCUUCACCCUUGAAUUUUUACAGUGCUAAGAGGAAAGACUCUGAACCCCAAAAGGAACUAGGUAUCCCACUGACUAUGGCAGGAGGAGUCACCACAAACUAUUUAAAUCUUUAAAACCCUGAAUAUCCCACAACAGCAUUUAUUCUUUUCAAGUCGCAGUCUCAUGUUGUUCACAAUGCAAGGCAAAAUUUAUCCAACUUCAGCACCUUGUGGCCAAGCUGGGUUUUACAUCUAAGAGCCAUUCAGUCCUGACCUGCAGAUCUGAAAUGAUGGGGGUGCUACUCUGUCCCUCACUAAAUUGUACCUCUGGCUGUUCCUGGGGGGGCUCUCGCUUGCUCGCUUUGAUCCGUUUAGUUUACAUUUGUAGUUAUUGGGUAACAAUUUCAAAGUUAUAAUCUGGAAUGUUUGCAGCUCAGGAAAAAGAGUCGAUUUAUCUAGUAAUGUUAACUCAAUUAUUUAUUUCUUGUGCAUCCUAAAGAACAAAUGUAUAUUGAGGUGAAUAUUUAAAAGCUAAUAGAAAAUUCAGUGCAGUUGGCUAACAUUACUGUAGCUAUAUUUUUUCUCAUAAAUGUAAUAGUAUUUAAGUAUUUUAACAUUUUUCAUUUCCUUGUUUGUCCCUUUUUCCUCUUUCCCUUGGAAAAAUAAACCAAGAGCGAGUAGAUUUGA